UAUAUAUAGAUUGUCGGUUCCGGAUCAGACAUUCAGUCCCCAGGCUGACUCGAGUACGUGCACUUUACUACGAAACAUGCAGUUGUUAUUGGUCAGUAUCCUAGCUGUGGUGGUCACCUCUUGUCUGUGCGCCCCUGCUGGACAUGGGGGAGGAGGACAUGGAGGAUAUGGGCAUGGAGGGGGAGGCCACGGAGGGUUUGGACACGGAGGGGGAGGCCACGGAGGGUAUGGACAUGGAGGCUAUGGUGUGGUUGUAUAUCCUAACAGCGUCUUCCACUUGAGGAAUCCCAACGGUGGAUAUAGUCAUGGUGGACCUGGAAACGCAGGACUGCACGGUGCUGGCGGCUAUGGACAUGGUGGCGGUCACGGUGGCGGCUAUGGACAUGGUGUGGCGGUCAUGGUGGCGGCUAUGGGCAUGGUGGCGGUCAUGGUGGCGGCUAUGGACAUGGUGGCGGCUAUGGACAUGGUGGCGGCUAUGGUCACUGAAGUUGCUGUAACAUCGAUGACCAUAACGCAAUAGAAAUCUCCC